AAAUGAAUUAGAGGUUAUAAAAUAGACUGCUAGAGAUAAGUCUCACCAGUGAUUGUUCAUUAAAAAUUAACUCAGUUUUUGUUUAUAAAAAAUACACAAUGCUGAGAGUCAGUAGCCGUUUGUUCGGAAUAAUUUCUCAAGUUCGUCCGUUCGCGAGCUCAGUUUCGCCAGCUUUCAAAGUUCAAGAUGAUAAAGAUUUUACUGAAAGAGUUAAAAACUCCAAAGUUCCUGUUAUCGUUGACUUUUUUGCGACGUGGUGUAAUCCGUGCCGAUUGUUAACUCCGCGUUUGGAGUCAGUUAUUGCUGAGAAACAGGGAAAAAUACUGCUAGCCAAAGUUGAUAUUGACGAAAAUGCUGAACUUGCCAUGGAUUACCAGGUUCAAACAGUGCCAGUUAUCAUGGCAAUGAAAGACGGCAAAGUUUUGGAGCGAAUUGUCGGUCUGCAGGACACAGACAAACUCAGACAGUUUGUUGAUAAAUACGCAGACCCAUAAAUGCGAUUAAUAGAAAAAAAAUAAAUUCAUGAUUUAAUUUAGUUAUUUAAUUGUUUGAAUUUUUUAAAUAGAAAUUAAAAAUGUUUAUAAAUGAUAAG